CAGUGGUUCAGGGAGUAGAAGAAAAGAGCUGCAAGCGGAAGAAGUACCGGAUUUGGCUUCCGACAGUAUUCGGUUUAUGGUCUUGGUUUAUUAUUAUUUUUUUAAAUACCUGUAUUUUUAACACAUUUUGAGUUAUGUCGACACCGGCACGGAGACGGCUCAUGCGAGAUUUUAAAAGACUUCAAGAAGAUCCUCCUACCGGUGUGAGUGGAGCGCCAUCAGAGAACAACAUCAUGCUUUGGAACGCUGUUAUUUUUGGGCCUGUGGGAACACCAUUUGAAGAUGGAACUUUUAAACUUCUGAUAGAGUUUUCUGAGGAGUACCCAAACAAGCCUCCCACGGUUCGGUUUGUCUCCAGAAUGUUUCACCCAAAUGUUUAUGCAGAUGGCAGUAUAUGUUUAGACAUUCUUCAGAAUCGCUGGAGCCCCACAUAUGAUGUGUCGUCCAUACUCACCUCCAUCCAGUCGUUGCUGGACGAGCCAAACCCCAACAGCCCAGCCAACAGUCAGGCCGCACAGCUCUAUCAGGAAAACAAGAGGGAGUACGAGAAGAGGGUGACGGCCAUCGUGGAGCAGAGCUGGGUGGAUGUCUGAGCUUGUCUCGCUCUCUACUCUACUCUUCUCUCCAUCACCCACUCUUCACCAUCCCAGUACUUCAUUCUCUCAUUUUUACCUCAUCAAGAAAAAAAAAAAAGAGAAAACACAGCAACUAUAUCAGAAGAACUUAAGUGCCACAUUGGGGAAAACCAGACCAACCAAACCAGAAUGGACAUUAACUUGCUUGCCAAUGCAUUUUAGGAAAAUGAGAGAGGGGAAAUCAAUCUUGUAUUUGUUCCCUGUCUUUAAUUUUACUUUUCUUUUUUUUUUUUUUUAUUGCAUGAUGUGACAUAAGUUAUUGCUAACAGAAUUUGUAAUAUAUCUCUGGUUGGAAUGAUGCUGUUUGUGUUUUAGACUUCUCUUCCUCCCCUCCCUUCCCCUCUUUUUUUUUUUUUUUUUUUUUUGUUUUGUAUUAUCUGCUGGUGUGUACACAACUUGGCUGUUUGGGAAAGGGGCACAUCGACGACCAAAUCAUUAUUUUGAAAGUUGUGGGAAAAGCCUGAGUCAGUAGCAUCAUCAUCUUUGAUUUCGACAGCAGAUUCAGCUGAUAAAGAGCAGUCCCUGAGCUCUCCCAGCAUCUCUGUUUAUUUUAAGCGACGCUGUAGGUUUGGGCUCGCAGACGUCACAGGCUGCAGCAGUGCCAAGUCUCCCUUGCACUGAUGAAUCAUGACUGGCAAUUUCUGAGCUUUUCUUUUAAUCAUUUCUGCUCCUGGGUAGAAGACUGUUGUUUGAGAGGGUUAUGAGAAAGUGAAUAUUAACACGAGAGGUUUGGACUGAGGCUCUGCAGUCCCUCUUUCAUUCUUUGGCAUAUUAGAAACUGCAUAUUGCUAUAAUCCAAAUAUAUGUAGAGCCUGAUGGCCCUGAGCCAGUGAGUUCAGAUGUGGGUGGUGUUGCUAUAUCAUUUUUAAUACAUUCAAGUGAAACUGAAUGUGGAAAAACAGAAUUGGCGUGAAGUUUGCGGAAAUGAAACGAGCUGGAGGUACUCUGCUUCUACAUGAUGUUCUCCUUUAGUCUGCUUUUUUGUAUUUAUUAGACCGUCGCUGGCUGUAGUCAAACUGUUCUCUUCAUUUUCUGAUUUCGUUUGCCAAAGAAAGUAAAUGACUUCUGAAUGCUUUGUUGCCUGUGACAUGUCAGCCUGGAUAAAGUCAGUGCUUUUGUUCUCUUAAAAAUUACACAGCUGACAUCUAAAUGAACAAAUAAGCACCAGAUGGAAGCAGGGCAGUCCAGUGCAUACUUUUUUUUUUUUUCCUUUAAAUUUUGCUCAGAUUGAGGGCACUCUGGAAGAGGAUUGAUUGGACAAGAACAAACUGCUGCACAUGAAGACUGAUCCAAGAGUGUGAUCAACAGUUUUCCUAAGGGCUCAAGUUGUUUUCAUGCCUGCGUUUGUCCACCAUUUUAUUUGCUCUUAUUCCCCCAAUCAAAACGCCACCACUCAAGUGUAAAUUACUGACUUAAUCGUGCCCGAAUCCAGCUAAGUAAUCAGUCAUCAUAAAACAGAAUUCCUCUUUUACUAGACAAUAAAGAUUAUAUUGUGGCUUGUGACCUAUUUCACCCAAUAAGGAGAAAGGGAUAUGUUAUAAAAAAUUUUGUGAAUUAAACAAAAUGUACACUUAACAGUAUGCUGUAUAAACAUAAUAAAACACAUUUUUCAGACUUUGA